CCUUCCUUCACGUACAAUGUAGUUCCGGUUCAAUUUCCCUCUUCAGUAAAUGUGUGACAACAUCAAAUAGUUUUUUUUAUACAGCAUCUAGCAAGAAGUGAAUUUAAAAAACAAUAUGCCUGGGGCAGACAAGGAAACAGAUCUUACGGAACGAAUCGAGGCUUUUCUUGCCGAUUUGAAGCGGGGAGGCAGUGGGACAGGGCCCCUCCGAGGGUCGGGGGAAAUGGCCAGAGAAACCACAUAUUUGCUUCGGAGAAUAACAGCCCAAGCACGAUGGAGCAGCGCAGGUGACCUGAUGGAGAUCAUUCGCAAUGAGGGAAGGAGAAUGACGGCCGCCCAACCGUCCGAGACCACCGUGGGCAACAUGGUACGGCGCGUGCUCAAGAUCAUCAGGGAGGAGUAUGCCAGGUCGCGUGGUAGCAGUGAGGAGACCGAGCAGCAGGAGUCCCUCCACAAGCUGCUGACGGCAGGGGAGCUGAGUGAGGAGAACUUCAGACAACACUUUGUUCUUCUCAAAGCCAACGUCAUAGAGGCCAUCAAUGAACUCCUCACAGAGCUGGAUGGCACCACAGACAACAUCGCCAUGCAGGCCCUGGAGCACAUCCACUCCAACGAGGUCAUCAUGACUGUCGGCCGCUCACGCACCGUCGAGGCCUUCCUCAAAGACGCAGCGAGGAAACGCAAGUUCCACGUCAUCGUGGCCGAGUGUGCCCCCUUCUGCCAGGGUCAUGAAAUGGCUACAGGUCUCUCCAAAGUGGGCAUUGAGACCACUGUAAUAGCAGAUGCUGCCAUAUUUGCAGUGAUGUCCCGAGUGAAUAAGGUCAUCAUCGGCACACAGACGGUUCUGGCCAAUGGCGGGCUCCGGGCGGUCAACGGAACCCACUCUGUAGCUCUAGCAGCCAGACACCACUCUACUCCACUCAUCAUCUGUGCUCCCAUGUUCAAGCUCUCGCCUCAGUUUCCCAAUGAAGAGGACACAUUCCAUAAGUUUGUCUCCCCACACGAGGUGCUUCCUUUCACAGCAGGAGAGAUUCUAUGUGUUUGUGUCUCUGUAAGGUCAACGUGUCACUGCCCAGUGUUUGUCUCUGUAGGAGAGAUUCUGACGUUCCUCUCUGAACUCAAGGUCAACUCUGUGUCAUCUCCUGAACUCAUCACUCUGUUCAUCUCUAACAUCGGCGGCAACGCUCCCUCUUACAUCUACCGGCUGAUGAGUGAACUCUACCACCCUGAGGACCACAAACUGUAAUCAGUGUACAGAAAAUGCUCAUGCUAAUAAAUAAAAAGGUUUAUGCAAUGGAUUGCA